AUGCCUACGGUCAUUCUCGACAUUGAGGGUACUGUGUGCCCAAUCAGCUUUGUGAAGGAGGUCUUGUUUCCCUACUUUGUCAAAAAGGCCCCUGAGUACUUGGAUACUGUUGAUUUUCCUAUAAAACCCGCUGAGGGCUUAUCUACUACGCUUCUGGGUUUUCCAGAGGAGGUUACCCAAUCAAAAGAGGCCCUUUUGGCUCACAUCAACGAUCUAGUCUCCAGAGACAUCAAGGAUGUCAACUUGAAGGCAUUCCAAGGAACUGUAUGGAAGGAGGGCUACCAAAACGGUGAAAUCAAGGCCCCCGUGUACCCAGACGCUAUAGAUCUCAUCAAGUCCGAUAACAAGGUCUACAUCUACUCGUCCGGCUCAAUUCCUGCCCAGGUGCUUCUUUUCAAACACGUGGACGUUGACGGAGAGCUGAAGGACUUGACGUCAUACAUUAGUGGCUACUUUGACAUCAGCACCGCAGGGUACAAGCAGGAGAAGGCGUCGUAUGAGAAAAUCACCAAGGAGAUUGGCCAGCAGGCAAGCGAAUUGACCUUUUACUCCGACGUGGCCGGAGAGGUUGACGCUGCCAUUGAGGCCGGACUUAAGGCCGUGGUGGUGGUUCGUCCUGGAAACGCUCCUCUCGCCGCACCCGAGAAGUACAACAUCAUCCAUAGCUUUUAG